CAGGGCCACUCUGCCGCGCCCGUUGGCGGAAGCCGCGCUCCUCCCGCUGGAGACGCUCUUGUCGAGGGCGCCGGCGGAGCGGCACCCGCUUUCGCCGGCUCGCGGACUGGCUCUCCUCCCGCCGCAGGAGCGGCGCACCGCGCUCCCCGGGCCAUGCAGCGCUUAGCUAUGGACCUGCGGAUGCUCUCCCGGGAGCUCUCCCUCUACCUGGAGCACCAAAUCCGGGUUGGAUUUUUCGGUUCGGGGGUGGGUUUAUCCCUGAUCCUGGGCUUCAGCGUCGCGUAUGCCUGCUACUACCUGAGCAGCAUUGCCAAGAAACCCCAGUUAGUGACGGGAGGGGAGAGUUUCAACCGCUUCCUGCAGAACCACUGUCCAGUGGUGACAGAAACGUAUUACCCUACGGUCUGGUGCUGGGAGAGUCGAGGACAAACACUGCUGAGACCUUUCAUCACUUCCAAGCCGCCGGUGCAGUACAGGAAUGAACUUAUUAAAACUGCUGAUGGAGGUCAGAUUUCACUGGAUUGGUUUGAUAAUGAUAACAGUGUGUGUUAUUCGGAUGGCAGUACCAGACCUACUAUCUUAUUGUUACCUGGCCUCACUGGAACAAGCAAGGAAUCCUAUAUCCUUCAUAUGAUCCAUCUCAGUGAAGAAUUGGGAUACAGAUGUGUGGUUUUUAACAACAGAGGAGUAGCAGGAGAGAAUCUCUUGACGCCAAGGACUUACUGUUGUGCUAACACUGAAGACUUGGAGACAGUUAUUCACCAUGUCCACAGCCUGUACCCUUCUGCUCCUUUUCUGGCAGCUGGGGUUUCAAUGGGAGGAAUGCUGCUUCUAAAUUACCUGGGGAAAAUUGGGCCCAAAACUCCUUUGAUGGCAGCUGCCACUUUUUCAGUUGGUUGGAAUACUUUUGCUUGCUCAGAGUCAUUGGAGAAACCACUGAACUGGCUGCUUUUUAAUUACUAUCUGACAACCUGCCUUCAGUCUUCAGUUAAUAAGUAAGUCAUCUUUAAAAUUUUUUGUC